AACAUUCACAAAGUUCACACUUGCCAUUGAGGCAACAGUAAAAAUAAGUCUAUCUAUAAUUUAUUUUCAUAACAAUAAUAAAUAAUAAUCAUUUCUAAAAUCGACAAUGCCGCGUCGCAAGCCCACCUUUAAGACCGAUGUCAUCGGCACUCUGGAUCUCAACCCCGAGGAGGCUGUUGGCGAGUAUCUGCUCUCUCGUCAGCAGGAGCGUUUCUUCGUUAAACCACCCAAUUGGGAUUCGGCUGGAGAUUCAGUGGAGAUGCUGUAUAUCGAAAAUGCGCGGGAGAAUGAGGCUAUGCAGGUGCUGCAGCGACAGCUGCUCGAAGACGCACAGCGCCAGAAGGAGCUCAAUCACCAGCGCAUUGCUUCGAUGUACCGCAUGCAAGAGCGUUUACGGAAACGUUUCAUCGAAGUGAACGGCUUCAUCAAAGAUUGUGCAGACAAAAAGCGAGCUGCCGAAAAGAUAAUACGAGAGCAGGAGGGACUUCAUGAGGAACUGUCCCGGGGCAUCGACGAUUACAAGACAUCGAUUAGUGAACUGCAGUCCUUUCGAUGUGAUCUCAAAGAGACUGUGCAUCAGUUUCAGCCUUACGAAAGAGUCUUGGACGAUGUUGUCAAGAUCUCCGACAUCUUUGUGUCUCCCAAGGACUGCAUGGAUCGUUGUGAUGCAUUGAUGCUCGCACAGGUGGAGAUCAAUGAGCUGAAGAACACGAAACUCCAGGAGAUCGAGGAGAUGCGUCAACGCAUGGUGAAAAUCACAAGCGAAGCAGCUCUUACUGUCCUUGGCCUAAAGAACGAUCUGGCCAAGUUGGAGCGAUCCUACAAUCAGUCGCGUGCUCUAGGCCUUAAAUGGGAGAAGACCUUGUCCCUCUGCAAGGAUACCACCAGCAACAAUGAUUUGGAUAAGGAACGUGCACUAGAUGGCAUUCAAAUCCUCUAUCGUAUGAUAUGCAAGCGACGUGAUAUUGAUGCCACAUUCAGCCGACGUGAGGUGGAAAAAUGUCUUGACUUUGUCAAGCGUGAAGUCGAGCUCUUGGUGUCCGUGCUACGUGAAAUGGAGAGAAGCACUCAGAAGGGGGGCAAAUCUGCAAAUCAAGAUGGAGCACUCUGCGGUUAAUUAAGAAUUCAGAAGUUGUGUGAAUAAAUUGAUAA